AUGGUGGUGGUUAGCGUGGUUAGCGUGGUUGGCGUGGUUAGCGUGGUUGGCGUGGUUAGCGUGGUUGGCGUGGUUGGCGUGGUUAGCGUGGUUGGCGUGCUCAGCGUGUUGGGCAUGGUUGGCGUGGUCAGCGUGUUUGGCGUGGUCAGCGUGGUUGGCGUGGUUAGCGUGGUUGGCGUGGUCAGCGUGGUUGGCGUGGUUGGCGUGGUCAGCGUGUUUGGCGUGGUCAGCUCAGCGUGUUGGGCAUGGUUGGCGUGGUCAGCGUGUUUGGCGUGGUUGGCGUGGUUAGCGUGGUUGGCGUGGUUGGCGUGCGUGUUUGGCGUGGUCAGCUCAGCGUGUUGGGCAUGGUUGGCGUUGGUUGGUGUGGUUGGAGUGGUUGAUGUGGUUAGCGUGGUCAGUGUUGUUAGCGUGGUUGGUGUGGUUAGCGUGGUUAGCAUGGUUGGCGUGGUUGGCGUGGUUAGCGUGGUUAGCAUGGUUGGCGUGGUUGGCGUGGUUAGCGUGGUUGGCGUGGUUGGCGUGGUCAGCGUGUUUGGCGUGGUCAGCUCAGCGUGUUGGGCAUGGUUGGCGUUGGUUGGUGUGGUUGGAGUGGUUGAUGUGGUUAGCGUGGUCAGUGUUGUUAGCGUGGUUGGCGUGGUUAGCGUGGUUGGCGUGGUUAGCGUGGUUAGCAUGGUUGGCGUGGUUGGCGUGGUUAGCGUGGUUGGCAUGGUUGGCAUGUGUGUUUGGCGUGGUGAGCUCAGCGUGUUGGGCAUGGUUGGCGUGGUUGGCGUGGUCAGCGUGGUUGGCGUGGUCAGCUCAGCGUGUUGGGCCUGGUUGGCGCUGGUUGGUGUGGUUGGAGUGGUUGAUGUGGUUAGCGUGGUCAGUGUUGUUAGCGUGGUUGGUGUGGUUAGCGUGGUUAGCAUGGUUGGCGUGGUUGGCGUGGUUAGCGUGGUUAGCAUGGUUGGCGUGGUUGGCGUGGUUAGCGUGGUUAGCAUGGUUGGCGUGGUUGGCGUGGUUAGCGUGGUUGGCGUGGUUGGCGUGGUCAGCGUGGUUGGCGUGGUCAGCGUGUUUGGCGUGGUCAGCUCAGCGUGUUGGGCAUGGUUGGCGUUGGUUGGUGUGUGUUGGAGUGGUUGA